GCACCCCCGUGUCCCUGUGCCCUGAGGUGGCUCUGUGUGCAGGAGGAGCUGAGCAGCACGAGUGUGGAGCACCUGAUCAUCAACCCCAACGCUGCCUACGAGAAGUUCCGUGACAAACGUCUGGGCACCGAGGGCGUGGAUUUCUCCGACCGCAUCGGCCGGACGAGGACGACGGGAUACGAGGCCGGGGAGUAUGAGGUGCUGGGCGAGGGUCUGGGGGCCAAGGAGACGCCGCAGCAGCGAUUCCAGCGGCUGCAGCACGAGGUGCAGGAGCUGCUGCGGGACGUGGAGCAGAUCCAGAGCGCGGUGAAGGAGGCCGGGGCCGAGGAGGAGCUCACUCCCGCGGCGCUGGCCCGGCAGGUGGAGGGGCUGAAGCAGCAGCUGCUCAGCUCCCACCUCGAGCGGGUGCUGGGCCCCGGUGCUGCCAUCGACUUCGCCGACCCCGAGGGCGCCCUGGCCAAGCGGCUCCUGCAGCAGCUGGAAGUGGCCAAAUGCAGCAAAGCCACCCCUGGGAAGGGCCCCCCCCGGGCCCCCCCGGCCGCGGGCGACACCGUCACCUUCGAGCUGUACUGGAGACCAGAGCAGGACCAGUUCACCCAGUCUGCCAAGGUGUCGGAGCUGGAGAAGCGCCUGGCACAGCUGGAGGCGGCCAUGAGGUGUGAGCCCGACAGCCAGAACCCGCUGCUGGUGGGGCUGAAGGGCUCCAGCCUCAUGGACACGGUGCAGUUGCUGCAGGCCAAGGUGAACAUGCUGGACGUGGCCGUGCUGGACCAGGUGGAGGCCAGGCUGCAGGUCAGGGGGCAGAGGGGGGCACUGGGGGGGCACUGGUGGUUUUAG